CACGAUCUCAUUGCGGAACACUGGCUUUCUAACUAAAGAGCUGUCUGUCACAAAAGCCUGCUCGAGCCCACCGCUGAGACACUCCCUGUCCCAGAUCUGAACCGCCUCGCCCGCAUCUUCGACACCGUGCCCAUCUGGACGGGAUAAUAUGUCUCUCACUUGCUCUUCACCGUCAUAGGCUUUAGUCCUUUUCUUUUGGUGAUUAUCUCUCUUUUCACUUUUUUUUUUUUCGGGCAUUUCCUUUCUGUCUACUUGCCGUGUUUCUCCUUCUGGGUUGUUUCCACGGACCCCUUUCUCUUCCCUUUUCUUUUUCUUUCAUUUUCGUCUUUUUUUUAAUAUCGGGUACUCAAUACAUGCAGACGAAUAUAUCGGCAACGUACAUAAUUACCUGCAAGUCGGAUUGAAAUGCAAGGACUGCUUGUCUAUUCUCAGUGAUUGGCUGGCCCUGUCGACGAGAGGCAUCAUACCUUUCCCUAUUCACUGCUCUCAUCAUUUCUCUAAGGAGGGGAGUGCUUCCUGUUGAAUAACCUUCUUUCUUUUUCCUUUUGGACAUGCAUGAUACCCCCGGUUCUUGAUCUACAACAAUAGUUUUGUUUGUCUUUUUUUUAUUUCCCUAACGUGGGCAUUACAAUAUACCAUACCCAUUCGCCUUGCGCUUCCUUUUCCACAUUUAUUCGCUUUCGUUUUGUGCAUUUCGUCAAGAUGAGUUUUAAAAACCCGUACUCGGACACGUAUGCGCCAGGGCCCGAGCGGGCAAGAUGGCCUCCCUUGACGAGGAUGUUAAUGUCUGGCGAAAUGAGCGGAGAGCCCCCAAGGGACUUGACGAUGAAAGAGAAGUUUGAUCGAUGGAUGGUCAAUGAAGGCUGGAGGAGACUCACCGUUGCUGUGUUUGUUUUGGCACAUCUGAUGAUCUUUGGAUUUGGUUUGAUGCAUUACGGGCUUAAGGACAAUCUUACUGGGUCAAGAGCAACUUUUGGAGUCACAUUCACUAUUGCAAGAGCUGCAGCUUUGGUGCUGCAUUUUGAUGUCGGCUUGAUCCUAUUCCCUGUGUGCCGAACCCUUAUCUCUCUGAUGAGACAGACGCCUUUGAAUGGGAUUAUCCAAUUUGAUAAAAACAUCACUUUCCAUAAGCUGGUGGCUUGGUCCAUCGUUACAUUCUCCUGGAUUCACACGGUUGCUCACUGGGUCAACUAUGCCCAACUCGCCGCUAAGCAGGGCCUCGGAGUCGCAGGCUUCCUCCUGGCCAACGUUGUCACUGGACCCGGCUGGACCGGGUAUAUAAUGUUAAUCGCACUAAUGGCGAUGGCGCUCACAUCCAUCGGUAAACGUCGCCGGGCCAAUUUCGAACGAUUCUGGUACACGCAUCACCUCUUUGUUAUUUUCUUCUUUUUCUGGGCUUUCCAUGGAGCGUUCUGCAUGAUUAAGCCUGACUACCCGCCGUUUUGCGCCGGCAUCGGUGUGUUUUGGAUGUAUUGGAUAUAUGGAGCAGUGAUCUACCUGGUGGAGAGGCUGUUACGUGAGAUACGUGGACGGCACAAGACAUAUAUCACAAAGGUGGUGCAACAUCCCAGUAACGUGGUUGAGAUUCAAAUGAAGAAGGAGAAAACGAAAACGAGAGCGGGUCAAUACAUUUUCCUCUGCUGCCCCACGGUAUCUGUAUGGCAAUACCAUCCGUUUACGCUUACCAGUGCUCCCGAGGAAGACUAUAUCUCUGUGCACAUUAGAUGCGUCGGAGAUUUCACCAAGGCCCUUGCCAAAACGCUAGGAUGCACCUUUGAUGAAGGCAAGGGUAAAGGCGGUAAAGGAAAGACCGGCGUAGUCGGUGUCAACAACCAGAUGGCCCCGGAUGACGUAGAUCCCAGCAUUCGUCGAGUUCUCCCUAGGAUCUACGUUGACGGCCCAUUUGGCAGUGCAUCAGAAGACGUUUUUAAGUACGAAGUCGCGGUCCUAGUGGGAGCCGGUAUCGGAGUAACUCCCUUUGCGUCCAUCCUGAAGAGUAUCUGGUAUCGCAUGAACUACCCCCAAACAAAAACGCGGCUGCGAAAAGUGUAUUUCUUCUGGAUUUGUAGAGAUUUCGGCUCAUUUGAGUGGUUCCAAUCGCUGCUUCUUGCCAUAGAGGCGCAGGAUACAGCAAACCAUAUUGAAAUUCACACUUAUCUUACAGCCAAAAUCCGACCUGAUGAUGCAACUAACAUCAUGAUUAACGACGCCAACGCAGAACAAGAUACAAUCACCGGCCUGCGUGCCCCGACUAACUUUGGUCGACCAAAUUGGGACAUGGUAUUCCGGUCGAUUCGAAAGCUGCACGCACCAGCAGAAGCCGGCGUGUUUUUCUGCGGACCAAAGCCAUUAGGAAGUGUGCUGCACGUCAAGUGCAAUAUGUAUUCAGAGCCUGGAUUUAAUUUCGUGUGGGGAAAGGAGAACUUUUAAGACGCGUAAAAGCAAUUUUGCAGCUUUACCCCCUCUGUGAGCCAGGAGGGAAGAAAUCCUGUGAUGAUAGCAACGACCCCUUUCUUGAUAGCCGCUUUUUUGUUUUCCAGUGCUUCGUUGUAAAUGUUCUUUUGUUAUCAUAUACAUAUAUAU